CCUGCACGUGCACGCGCACACACGUACGCAGUUUAUAUUGUCUCUCCUGGAUCCGCGCAGAGAGCAGAGCCAGACCCAACCUGACGGCAGGAACCGGAAACUGCUGAUGCUGAGCUGAUCCACCAGGAUGCCAACAGAAAAGGAAAAAACAGAACUUCUAUAUUUGAAUUUGGGCUUAUGUCAGCCACACUUCUAAAGCUCCCAUGGACGAAUCCCCAUCAAAAGUUCUUGCAUCCUGCUCAUAACCAGCACUUCGUUUUGGUUUCCUUCCCCUCCUCUUCCUGUCAACUCUGUUCUGAUCCCCUGCACACUUUGGUUCUGCUACGAAGAGUUCAGCAGCAGCCUCAGGGCUCUUAGGUGAACCCCCACCCCAUCCCAUCCUCUUCCUCCCCAGCCUUCCAUUUACCUGCCAUGUCUAACGACACCACCCUGUGGGAGGCCACUGAUUGGGUGGACACGUCCCAGUGCCCACCCUCAGUAGGCGGGGCUACUUUCCUGAUUGUAGCAUACAGUGCAGUCAUCGCAAUUGGGUUGCUGGGCAACGCGGGCCUCGUAUUUAUCAUCACCCGGCAACAGGAGUUGCGUAACGUGACUAACAUCCUGAUCGCCAACCUAUCGUGCUCGGACAUCCUCAUGUGUGUGGUGUGUCUGCCGGUCACAGUAAUCUACACGCUCAUGGAUCGUUGGGUGCUGGGAGAGGCCUUGUGCAAGGUGACUCCAUUUGUUCAGUGCAUGUCUGUGACAGUGUCCAUCUUCUCCCUUGUCCUCAUCGCCCUGGAGCGUCACCAACUGAUCCUUCACCCCACCGGCUGGACCCCUGCGGCUGGCCACUCAUAUUUUGCAGUGGGGCUCACGUGGCUGGUUGGCUGCUUCAUCUCACUGCCCUUCCUCUCCUUCAACAUCCUCACUAACGACCCCUUCCAGAACAUCAGCCUGCCCUCCAACCCAUUCAGGGACCACUUGAUCUGUAUGGAGUUGUGGCCAUCAGACAAACAUCGCCUUGCCUACACAACCUCGCUGCUGAUCUUCCAGUACUGCCUGCCGCUCCUUUUGGUGUUCCUCUGCUACCUGAGGAUCUUCAUCCGUCUGAGACGACGCAGGUCACACAGCUAUACUUUCCCUCAUGCACUUCAAAAGUCUUCUCACCACAGGGACAUGCUGGAGCGCAGCAGGAGAACUCGGGGAGCCCAAAGGAUUAACAUCAUGUUGUUGGCUAUUGUCAUCGCCUUUGCGCUGUGCUGGCUCCCUCUGAAUGUCUUCAACACUCUCUUUGACUGGCAUCACCAGGCCCUCCCAGACUGUCAGCAUGAUGCCGUCUUCUCUGCCUGUCACCUCACAGCCAUGGCAUCCACUUGCAUCAACCCCGUGGUGUACGGCUUCCUCAACAGCAAUUUCCAGCGGGAGUUGAGGACAACACUGCAGCGCUGCCAAUGUGGCACCCGGGCAGGCGAGAGCUACGAGAGCUUCCCUUUGUCCACCGUAGGCAGUGAAGGCAUAACAAAAGCUACUUCGCUCAACAGGAUGGGAUCGGUGUGUGUCCCCUCACCCAGACCUGAGAUCAGCUCAGCUCUAUUGACGAAGACAUUACCAGCUAACUCCUAACAAUGCACACCACAAAGUUCUCCGCUGAUAUCCCUGCUGUGGUUUGUCAGAACUUUGAGUUGUGUGUAGCUGACAGAAAAUUCCCAACAGCAGAUCACAAAGAACUGUUGAAAAACUUUGAGCAAGUCCAACACUGUCCUCACUGGGGCCUGACUUCAAAAUGGUUCAGAUACUAUUUCAUGGCAGUGUUUAACAGACUGUUUUACUUAUUGUGACCGUUGAUUAUCAGAAAAGGUGGAAGAACAUGUUGGAUGUAACUUCCAGAACACAAAAACGGAGGAGACCAAACUACCUGAACUUCUUGGGUCUAAAUCAUGCAACACCCCAGAAAACAGUAGACAAGUUGGCACAAAACCCAGAGUGGUGAAGACUCAAUUUGACUGUAAAUUGCAUGUGCAAAUGUGUGGUUUAACUUUUACUCCUUAUUUUUCCAAAUUGCAAGCAAGCUAUCUUGACUUAAAAUACAAUUAGACCCAAUUUCUUUUACGUAAUUAGUAUAUUUUGUGCCUUCAAAUCCGCUGGCUUACAGAUUUAUGAGUUUGUAAAACUUGGUAUAGGACUUCCUCGCAAACAGUCCACUGGAAUGAGUGGCAUGUGAAAUGGAGAUUUUUCAGAAACAACUGGUUGAUGAAAAAUGCUAAAAGAAAAUAACUACUUGUAACUUUUAUAUGAAUACAAAAAUCUUUUUCUAGAGAAACUACUGCCCCUAUCAACACAGUCUGCAAUCGUAGAAACUGACAACUUAAUUACACCAGUCCAGGGACAUGUCUGCAAAAAACACUUUUAGCCCUUAAGCCCCUAAUACCUGAAAACUUUAGUCCAAACCAAGGCUUUUAGACACUGGGAAAAAAGGCUGGAAAAGAUUAGUUUCUCUUCAAACAUAUAUGUUUGAUAAAUUGUCAGCCCCAUUUACAAAUCUGUCAGGAGAAAGAAAAGUAUGUUUGAAGUAAAAUGGAUACAUUUUCCGGCAUCAAAAAGCCUAUGUUUAGGCUACAAUUAUGGGAUCUUAAAAGGUUACAUUUGUUGUGCACUUUAAGUCUCUAGGAGUGCCGAAAAGUUGAAUGUAGUUUCUGCAGGAGCUGUGUAGAAUUUACAAUUUGUUUUGGUCAUAUUUUUCAAGCCAUUCAGUUUUCUCUAUUGUCUAAUUUAUUUGAACAAUUGCAUCACAGUAUUUGCUGCGGAACAGCUAAACAAGGUCAUGGACUUGUGGCUGACCAGUUUCGUGAGUUCGCCAUUUUUUAUUUCUUGCUGCGAUUUUGUGGUCUAAGCAGAAGGAUGCCGAAGCUACAAGAGGAUGAGUCAAAUAGUUUGGUCUUUGGAUGUAUUAACCCACAGACUUCAUCACAGUAUCCCAAAGCAUACUACUAAAAUGGCCGAACAGGGUGGAGCGGAAUGCUCUGUGACCCGGAGGGGGCCAGGCAGUGAAGUGCCUCCUUUAGAUUUAAAGAGACAGCACCAAAACGAACCACUCUCAGAUGCACCUCAGAACAGGGAUAAACGAGAGACUGUGGGGCAACAACAACAAGGAAUUCAGGCCAAAGCAUUUCAGUUCCACUUUAUAUAGACCACAACAGAAUGAUUCAAAUGUGAAAAGGAUUUAAAAGCUUGCUAUGUCAUCUUUAAUUACCUCCGUUCAGACCUUGUGCUGCGAUCAGCCUGGGUCAUCUGAUUCCAUUGUACUAAGGAUUGUCUACUUGUACCUGAUUUAGCCAGGAUGCAUAUAAAUACAAAGUCUGAACAGAGGCAAAUUGGAAAGUAAAUUUUAAUAAUAAUUAACCCCAUUGAUACGCUUAGUGAGAACUUUGAAACACUCAAAAUCAUUAGUAUUUAUUUGGAUGCUGUGGUAGAACUUUAGUCACCAUCAAUGUGCUAUAUAACUAUACACUGUAGAUGUUCUUGUCAUCUACUAAGUAAUGUAUUUGAUGUUUGGACCAUUUAGAUACUUGAAUCACUUGAGUGUCUUAGUUUCAAAUAGAAAAUAUCUGUGAGUAUAGAUAUUGUUCUUAUUGACACUCUUCUGCCUUACUUUGUCUGAAUAAAGUAAAACCUUGUAGGAUGUUUUAAUGUUAAGUUGGCUACCAUUCAGAGGUUUGAGCAAAUAUAACCAAUAAAUUCAACAUGAAUGAAUUCCCCUUUUUUGUGGGAAAAUACAUAAAGGUACUUUUAAAUAACUGACAUUUAUAGAUGUAAUCCAUUCAAACAAGACUGUGGGAAUUGAUAUUAAAGUUGGCGAUCUGUACAGCCCUAUACCAGGUCAGAAAGUAAUGUCACUUUUUGAGCAAUCCAAGGCAAACUGGCUACAUGAGAGGUGAACCGAGAGCACAUUGAUAUCUCCCGAACAUUUCAUAGAACAGAGAGCAAGAACAAGAUGUUUUAUAUGACAACCACUAGGUCAGUGCCAUCAAUUAAAACAUAUUCAUGUAUUGCCCCAAGAGCCAAGUACAACUCCUCUCCAUAGUUGUCAAUCCUGGCCUUCAUGCUACAAAUUAUAUUGCAUGAUUUGCAGAUGAAUCAAAAUUUCUAAACCAACAUUCACCAUUAAAUUUCCAAAACGGUAAAUUUGGUUGAGAAACCUAAGGCUUGUGAUCAAACCAGAGAUGGUAUGUUCAAUUAAUCAAACAUCAGUUAUAUCACUUUCUGUUUGUGUGUUCAUGCAUAGUACAGUGCUGGGAAAAGGUGUUUGCCCCUUUUACAAAUUUAUUCUGUUUUUGCAUUUUUGUUACACUUACAUUUUUAUAUUUGUCCAUCUGUGCACAGGGCCUUAGGGGCAGUACCUAUCUCUUAAUGGUAAUUGGAAAAGAGGCGGGGUAAUCCCCGGACAAUUUGCCACACCAUGUUUCCGAUCAUCAAACUAAUUUUGCUGUCAGACAAAGAUGACCUCAGUAAAUGCGGUAAAAAGUUUUUAAUGUUUUCUUUUGUUGUGAGAAAAAAAAGUUAUCCAAACUGACUUGGCCCUAUCUGUCUAUAUAAUGGCCCACACAUUCAUUCUUAAAUGUAUUGGCUGUGAUUAACCAUAUUUGUCUACUCAUCAGUUUUUGAGUACAAGUAUACUUGGGUUAUGAAACAAGACAAACAUCUAACAAAAUCCAACAAGUUCACCACUGAAUGGCUCAAAGAAGUGGUCUAGUCAAAGUCUGGAUCCAAAUCCAUAUGAGAUGCUGUGGCAUGGCUAUAAAUAGGCCAUUCAUACAUACAAACUCUCCAAAUAGGUAGAUGUAUUCAAGUGGAGUCUUUUCUUAAAGUAACUGUGCUCAGCUUAAGUCUGUUAAGGAUGCCAUAAAUUUCCCCGUAUGUGCAUCCCUUCUCCUCAACAAGUAUCCUUGUCCUAAACUAAACACAGAUGUUAAUCUAACAUUUCAGAUCAGCGGUUCCCAAACUUUUUUAGCCACGCACCCCCUUCUGUGUUCCAACACAGAAGGGGGUGACACAACCCCAAUCUUCAAAAAAAUCAAAGAAAAAAUCAAAUGCAACAAGUCUUUUCAUAGCCACAUUAAAGGCAGCAUGCUCAAAUGAC